CAUCUCAAAUGGCCCCGUAGGGCAACAAGGAUGGUUAGUUUUGACCCUAUUUAUUUGUGCCAUAAAACAAUCGAUCCUAAUUGACAGCUAUUUGGACUUUUACAUCUGCCAAACCCUUUUUCUUGAACUGUGGUCGCUAAAUGAGGGGAGUCUGGUCUGGGAAGUCCCAUCUAUUCCUUCAAUAGGACGGGGAGUGGGGAUAGUGUCUCCGGCGAUCUCAAGAAUAGGAGGGAAUGUUGACCAGGGAGCACCGCUGCGGCCGAUCAGAGGAGCAGGAACUGGAGCCCUGGCCGAGUCCGAAAAAAGCCAGAUCUGGAAGGUGCCUGCGGAACGGUUUUAAGUGGAAGAUGGAGGAGCCGGAGGAACCGGCGGACAGUGGGCAGUCGCUGAUCCCGGUUUAUAUCUAUAGUCCCGAGUAUGUCAGUAUGUGUGACUCCCUGGCCAAGAUCCCCAAACGGGCCAGUAUGGUACAUUCUUUGAUUGAAGCAUAUGCACUGCAUAAGCAAAUGAGGAUAGUUAAGCCCAAAGUGGCCUCCAUGGAGGAGAUGGCCACCUUCCACACUGAUGCUUAUCUGCAGCAUCUCCAGAAGGUCAGCCAAGAGGGCGAUGAUGAUCAUCCGGACUCCAUAGAAUAUGGGCUAGGUUAUGACUGCCCAGCCACUGAAGGGAUAUUUGACUAUGCAGCAGCUGUAGGAGGGGCUACAAUCACAGCUGCCCAAUGCCUGAUUGACGGAAUGUGCAAAGUAGCAAUUAACUGGUCUGGAGGCUGGCAUCAUGCAAAGAAAGAUGAAGCAUCUGGUUUUUGUUAUCUCAAUGAUGCUGUCCUGGGAAUAUUACGAUUGCGACGGAAAUUUGAGCGUAUUCUCUACGUGGAUUUGGAUCUGCACCAUGGAGAUGGUGUAGAAGACGCCUUCAGUUUCACCUCCAAAGUCAUGACCGUGUCCCUGCACAAAUUCUCCCCGGGAUUUUUCCCAGGAACAGGUGACGUGUCUGAUGUUGGCCUAGGGAAGGGACGGUACUACAGUGUAAAUGUGCCCAUUCAGGAUGGCAUACAAGAUGAAAAAUAUUACCAAAUCUUUGAAAGGCAUGAACCCCCUGCCCCAAAUCCAGGCCUGUGGAAGCAGCUGCCACAGCUUCUCUUCCUCAUUUGCAUAGCCUUGUCUGAAAACUAGACUACUGAAUACUGAAGGAUCAGGUUUCUCAUCAAGAAAACUGCAUUUUAAAUGAAUAUCUUGUAUGUUUAUAGGGAAGUUACUAAUGUAGUGUAAAGAAAUGCCUGUUCUCCCCCUCCUUUCUGGAUAAGAGAUUUUAUACUUUCACAAGAUGAAAAAUUAAUGAUUUGCGGUGUAGCAAACAGUACUGUUACAGUGGUUAGGGAAACUUUCCCAAAAGCAAUCUGGAGUGACAUUUCAUUCAUUUAUUCAUUUAAUGACUAUUUAUUGAAUGCUUACUAUGUAUAAAGUAUUGAUUCUACCCUCAAGGAAGUUAGUGGAAAUUUUAAAAUGUUAGAUAAAUAAAUAGAGAUUGAUUUUCAUAUUCACACACAUUUAAAUAAAUAAAACAUAGAAAAUUGUAAGAACCAUAAGAGAUAGAAUGCUGUGGGUAUUCAAAGAGAGAAAAUACUUCAGAAAAAGGCGUAAUUGAGGAGGUAACAUUUGAUCUGGUUUCUAAAGGGUAGCUAAUUACUCUGUCUUUACAAAGUGUGUGAAUGUAUAUGAGUGUUUAUAAAAUCUGGGUCAAGUUUGAAUAUACAGAGAUUGUAGGGAAGGAUGUUCUACACACAGGGUACAGCAAGAUCAAAGUUGGGAGAGGCUGAGCUAUGCACAAAGAAUAGCAGUGGUUUUAGUUUGGCUGGACUGUAAAGUGCAUGAAGGAGAAGUUGCAAAGAAGAUUGGAAACGUGGGUGGGAACCACAUCAUGGAAGAGCUGGAAUUCUUAGCUAUGAAAAUUUGUACCAUACUCUGUAAACAUUUUGGGAGCCACUGAAGGUUUUAGAAUGAGGGAAUCGUAAGAUCAAAGCUUGCUUGGGAAGGUUAACACUCUUCCCAGUAAAGUUUUGGCAACAGCGUCUGCUGUUAUACUGAAAUAAUGUGGGUAAAGUGACUGACAUAGUAUCUGAUGCAUAGUAGCUCAGUAAGUCAUGGAAGCAGAUAUAUUGUAGUGGUUUAGAGCAAAAACUCUGGUGCCUGAAUGCCUGGGUUCAAAAACCAGCUCUGCCACUUAAUAGCUCUGUGAUUUUGUACAGAUUUCUUAACCUCUCUGUAUGGUAGUUUCCCUGUCUGUAAAAUAGGAUUAAAAAUAAUACCUGUUAUGAAUUAUUAUGAGGGUCAAAUGAGCUAAUACAUGUGAAAUACAUAGAACAGUGCUCUAUUCUGAAUAAAGUGCUCAAUAAAUGUUG